UCUGGCUGGGGUGAGAGGAGCGACAGAGGUGGGUUGAGGGGAAAAAAGAAAAAAGAAGACUGCAGCCGAGAGGAAGCGUUCGUGUUGACGCUGCGUGAAAAGCUGUCUUUUUAUCAUUUCUAGGUUGGCGUUGUCACAUCCGCUUGAAGUAAAGUGUGUAAGGAGCUUUGUCGAUAUCUAACUCGUAUCGACAGUUAUAUUUUUUUCUCUCAAACUUUUCCCAAGAGAAGACGGCGAGCCAGAGUUGUUGAGCCACAAGUCAGAAUGGCGCAGUGGAACCAGUUACAGCAGCUGGAGACCAGGUAUCUGGAGCAGCUCUACCACCUCUACAGUGACAGCUUCCCCAUGGAGCUCCGACAGUUCCUUGCCCCCUGGAUUGAGAGCCAGGACUGGGCCUACGCCGCCAACAAGGAGUCGCAUGCCACACUGGUGUUCCACAACCUCCUGGGGGAAAUAGACCAGCAGUACAGUCGCUUCCUGCAGGAGAACAACGUUCUCUACCAGCACAACCUGCGCAGGAUUAAGCAACACCUGCAGAGCAAGUACCUGGAAAAGCCCAUGGACAUUGCUCGUAUCGUCGCUCGCUGCCUAUGGGAGGAGCAAAGGCUGCUGCAGACUGCCACCACAGCGGCACAGGAUGGUCAAGCAGCUCAUCCCUCUGGGACGGUGGUGACGGAGAAGCAGCAGAUCCUGGAGCAUAACCUUCAGGAUAUAAGGAAAAGGGUGCAGGACAUGGAACAGAAGAUGAAAAUGCUUGAGAACCUACAGGAUGACUUUGAUUUCAACUAUAAGACAUUAAAAAGCCAAGGAGAACUGUCGCAGGAUCUUAAUGGCAAUAGCCAGGCAGCUGCCACAAGACAGAAGAUGGCUCAACUGGAACAGAUGCUGAGUGCCUUGGAUGGGCUGAGGAGGCAAAUUGUCACAGAAUUGGGAGGCCUGCUGACAGCCAUGGACUUUGUUCAGAAGAACCUUACAGAUGAGGAAUUGGCUGACUGGAAGAGGAGGCAGCAAAUUGCUUGUAUUGGAGGGCCGCCCAACAUCUGCCUGGAUCGUCUGGAAACAUGGAUCACAUCCCUGGCUGAGUCCCAGCUCCAGAUCCGCCAGCAGAUCAAGAAGCUAGAGGAGCUGCAACAGAAGGUUUCCUACAAAGGGGAUCCUAUCAUCCAGCACCGGCCCGCCCUGGAGGAGAAGAUUGUGGACCUCUUCAGAAAUCUCAUGAAAAGUGCUUUUGUGGUUGAAAGACAGCCCUGUAUGCCCAUGCAUCCAGACAGGCCACUGGUCAUUAAAACAGGAGUUCAAUUCACAAACAAAGUCAGGUUACUAGUCAAAUUUCCUGAACUGAAUUACCAGCUGAAAAUCAAAGUUUGUAUUGACAAGGAAUCUGGAGAUGUGGCUGCUAUUCGAGGGUCACGAAAGUUUAACAUCCUUGGCACCAACACCAAAGUUAUGAAUAUGGAGGAAUCCAACAACGGUAGCCUUUCAGCUGAGUUCAAACAUUUGACUUUAAGAGAGCAGAGAUGCGGUAAUGGUGGACGGACCAAUUGUGACGCAUCUCUGAUUGUGACAGAAGAGCUUCAUCUCAUCACCUUUGAGACAGAGGUCUAUCACCAAGGCCUGAAAAUCGAUCUGGAGACCCACUCCCUUCCAGUGGUGGUCAUCUCUAACAUUUGUCAGAUGCCAAAUGCAUGGGCCUCCAUCCUGUGGUACAACAUGCUCACCAACCAACCCAAGAAUGUUAAUUUCUUCACCAAGCCUCCAGUCGGUACAUGGGACCAGGUGGCUGAAGUGCUGAGCUGGCAGUUCUCCUCCACCACCAAGAGAGGACUUACCAUUGAGCAGCUCACCACACUGGCAGAGAAAUUACUUGGACCUUGUGUCAACUAUUCUGGAUGCCAAAUCACCUGGGCCAAGUUUUGCAAGGAAAACAUGGCUGGCAAAGGCUUCUCCUUCUGGGUGUGGCUGGACAACAUUAUUGACUUGGUGAAGAAAUACAUCCUGGCACUGUGGAAUGAAGGGUACAUCAUGGGCUUCAUCAGUAAAGAAAGGGAGAGGGCCAUUCUGAGUCCCAAACCUCCAGGCACCUUCCUCCUGCGCUUCAGCGAGAGCAGCAAAGAGGGAGGCAUCACGUUCACGUGGGUGGAGAAGGACAUCAACGGUAAAACUCAGAUCCAGUCGGUGGAGCCUUACACCAAGCAGCAGCUCAACAGCAUGUCUUUUGCUGAGAUCAUUAUGGGCUACAAGAUCAUGGAUGCCACCAACAUCCUUGUUUCGCCUCUUGUCUACCUCUUCCCUGAAAUUCCCAAAGAGGAGGCCUUUGGGAAGUACUGCCGACCAGAAGCUGCCCCGGAGCCUGAGCUGGGAGGAGACCCCAUGAGCACUAUUCAACCAUAUUUGAAGACAAAGUUCAUCUGUGUGACCCCGUGUCCCUCCGUGUUCAUGGACUUUCCGGAAAGUGAGCUGCUUGGGAACACAUUCCCAGGCACUAACACUGGCAAUACCAGCGACCUGUUUCCCAUGUCCCCUCGCACCUUGGACUCCCUGAUGCAUAAUGAGACUGAGGCAAAUCCAGGACCCUUGGAUUCGCUCACAUUGGACAUGGAGCUGAGCUCUGAUGUGGCCUCACCAAUGUGAAGGGACAUUUUGAUACUUCACAUUCUUUUGUUUCAUUUUUUUUUUAAUCCACAUAAUCUCCAUUCAGAUACUGUUUUUGCCCGUGUUGUGACAGAGGUCAAGAGUUUGGCUUUAUCGCUCCAUGCGGCCUGCUGUGUGCAGGUGGACAUCUUAUCACUGUCUGUGUGUGGAAGCAGUCUCUUCUCGCAAAACGCUGAAUUGAAAGGAUUUAAAAAAAAAAAGUUUUGUUCAUACAAACACUGCGGUUACCUUUUGACAAUGACAAAUAUCAAUCCAGUGCAAUUUAAAUUGAAGUUGAUUCCAUCCCGAGCAGUGUAUUGCCAUCACAUUUAUUUUUUUAAGUACUUUCAUGUAUCUGAAGCUUUAUUUUUUUCUUUCUUUCUAUCAACUAGUAUGGUUUAUGUGUUGUGCUGUACAAGAAAAUGUAAAGAGGAUGGUUUGAUAAGCUAUGCUGCUCUGGAAUGGAAACCGCUAGGGUUUUUUGGUUUGGUCUGUUUCCCAUACACGUGUCUCUGGUCUUUGUUUUACACUGAGUGUGCUGCUCUGUCCAUGUUGCUCCCAGACAAAAUUUCUGUUUCUAAUCACGUUUUUUUCAGCCCGGACUAAAAAGCUGUCAUAUGAGUUCAUAGAACUGUAGAGGUAAACAUAGACCAAAGUGACAGAAGGACUUCAGCUCAGUCCUGAAGAUCACUUGUCUGAUCUGUGACUGGUUUUUUAUUUUCUUAUCCUGUGACUCGGUUACAUGACCUGUUAUCUCAUCUGCUUUAUCUGUGGUCCCAGUGCAGCAAACCCAGUUAGAUGGUGCUACACACACACACUCACACACACACGUGCACGUCCACACAUGUACACGCAGACAUGCCCGUGCGCACACACACGUGCACGUGGACAGACACGCAUGCACACACAUGCAUACUUUUUUUUUU